AGAAACAGCAGCAGUGACCGCCAUUUCAGUAGUGAACGCGUCGUGGAAGGCUGUACUUGUAGAUACAUCGCAUUGAUACGGAAAGCUAGGGAGAAGACAUGCCUGUUUCUCAAAUUAGUUAUUCUGAGAAGUACUCAGAUGAUAAAUUCGAGUAUAGGUAAGUGCUUUUCCUCGAUGUGCAGCUUGCUUUGAUGUAAGGUUUUUCUGGAUCUGUUUAGAUUGAUGUUUUGAAAGCUUUUGCAAGCAUAUGAAGCUUACCAGCUGCUUACUGCACUGCGCAAACUUUUAGCGAAAAAAGCAUGAAUGCGAGAGGGUUAAAAACUAAAUAGGCUUAGACUGAACUGUGUUUGGUUAACCUUACCUUCUUGAGGUUCGAUACGUGUGAGAAAACGUAGAAAUUCGACCUUCACAAGGAGGAUAUUUUUCUUGGUUACCGUUGGACGGAGACUUUCAGAAAUGUCUGUUCCAUUCACCCUUGCUGUUUCAAGCACAAAAAUGUCUAGAAUUUUUUGUCCUAAACCGGAUCCUGUUUGCACGAUUGCAAAGCUGGGUGCGAGUGUUUGAUGUUGGAGGUGAAGAAAAUAAGACUGUAAAGAGUCCCUUUUCAGGGUUCUUCAGCACAUUUUAAUAAAAAAAAGGAGAAAAAAUUGGUGGCAAUAGAUAAGGUUUAAGGGUGUUUCUACAUUCCCUCCUAAACCACCCGUGCCUCCCCCCCCCCCUCCAUGUCGAUCCAACUCCCUUCUACUCCUUGUGAUGUCAUCAGUUUUAGAAUGAGUAUGAUUCAGUCAAAGAGGCCAGAGAAAAAGGAAAAAACCAUGUCAUGUUGACCUGAAAAUUCCCAUGAAAAUCUUGUUCCACGAUCCAUCUACCUUUCCUUUCAUGGUACAAUGUAGCCUGUUCCAGGCUCUGAGAUAGUCGGGUCCGCUGAAUUGAGAAAGCGCGAACACGAAAAUAAAACGGGAGGAAACUGGGGAGAGCAGAUGCUUUUUCCUUUUCCUCUUUUUCGCCCCACCAACUUUUCGCGUGUCUUUUUCUUUCUUGUCUUCCCCACUAUCUGAGAGCCUGGAACAGGCUAUGUACAAUGUAAUCACAAGAUCAUGAAAGCUUUCCUAAAUAUCUUUUCCCAACAAAAUGAAGCCAGAUGCACAGCAAAAGAAAAACAAUGAGGCAAGAAAAGUGAAAGAAGAUGGGAGGAGAAAAGUCAAGACUGCCAAGUCAUUUUUAAACCCAAAAACUAACGUGAAAUUCUGCUUUCUGUGCAUGCCCAAACUUUGGUAGCCUAUUCACAGACCCUCUAGUUUUUCUUUAGAGAUCCUCAAACACACAUGUAUGGAAAUAAAAACCAUGCAGGAUUUAUCGACGGCAAGUGCAAGGUAGGGGGGGGGGGAAAAGAGAAAAAAGACAAAAGAAAAUAGAGAAAGCAGUUCUUUGUAGUUCCUGUCUUUUUCAAAUUUUUGAUAAAAAGGCACGAAAGAUGUCUCUGGACAGAGGAAAAUUUUGGAAGCUAAAGUUUUGCUGCUGGAUCAGAAGGCUGGAAGUGUAUGACCCGUUAACAGCUUUGUGUUAAGUGUCAGCUUUUUAUAGCUAAACAAUGACCAGAAACCGGCUUGACUAGCUUCAAAACAUGUUUUUUUUUCUACAAAAUCUCAAGGGGAAAGUGGGUCAAACAAUGUUCUCCAACCAAUUUAGAAAAACUGUAGAUCAAAAUACUCACUUGCAACAAGCACAGUAGAGCGCUUAUUGGGAUUAUCUAUAGAAACCAACAUAUACUUAAUGACUCUGACUGGGUAGUAGAACGCUAAGAUGACGAAGCUCCUGUAAUUUGGUAUUUUAAUCUCAAGAAGCAUAUUAGCACAGUGCACAAAUUGACUUCAGAGUGACUAAUUUGCAAUGUCUGUAUGACUUUUGUCAUAAAAGUAAGAGAAACAUGACAUUGAAAUGACAAAAUGGCAAACAAAAGUGUGUCUUCGUUCUUUAAAUAGUAGCUGUGCACAGCACUGUUUGAAAUCUGUGUUUCUUCUCCAAGACAUGUGAUCCUUCCCAAAGAGCUGGCUGAACUUGUUCCCAAGACCCACUUGAUGACAGAAAGCGAGUGGCGUAACCUUGGAGUGCAGCAGUCUCCAGGAUGGAUUCAUUAUUUAAUCCAUGCACCAGGUAAAGAACAAAGUCAACUUUGCAUUGUUGUCACUUGUUGAUGGUACACUGGAACCUCUUCUUUGGGACACCUCUGUUCAAGGGACACCUCCUCAAAAUUUGGUCCUGAAAAAAAUGUUCAUAUAAUCUUUGUAUUUGUUACCUCUGUUCUUGGGACACCUCUAUUCAGGGGAAAGGGACACUGUUUCUGGGUCCCUAAACCCAGAUUCAACCUCCACUCAGGGGACAUCUUAGCAAUCAAAAGGUGACUGAUCACAAAAAUCGUUGAUAAGAUUAAAUGUUGACUAGUCACAAUGGCCACAGCUUUCAAAACAUGAACUACCGGUAUCUCACUUAAAAUCUAUGUACUGCACUUUUGGGAAUUCAACACACAACAUGGCAGAGAUAAGUUAAUCAUUUUUUCAACGUGCAAAGAAAGUGGUGUCCGAUAGCCCGGGGCUAGUGGAUUUUGCUAUCAGGCUAGUGAAUUCUGUUUUUAACUUGCCCGACAGGCAAGUGAUCUUUUUUGAGGAAUUCAAAUAACAGAAGAACUGUGAGAUCAAUUCCGCUCUUCAAAAAGCUUCUGGGGCUAACUGAAAUGACGUCUGGGCUAGUAAAUGCUAGCUUCAGCUUGCCCAAAUGGCAAGCUUUAUAAAUGAUUUUCUUUGCAACCUGUUUUUUACACAUUAUCUAGCUGUCGCAUAGAUUCUGAGGUAAAAUAAAAGACAUAUAUUUCAUUUUUUGGUUAAUUAUUAACAAACCCCAGCCCAACCCCCAUUCAGGAGACACUUGGUUUGGUCACGAGGGUGUCCCCUGAAUAAAGGAUCCACAGUAGUUAAUUGUGUCACAAGGGUAUUUAACUUUAGUCAACUGAAGGGGUGCCUGUAAAGAGGCCCCCGUUUCAAAAUUGAUUGGGCUAGCCUUAUUCUUGGAAGGAAUUUACCGUUUUUCUUUUUGUUUGUUUUUGUUUUACCUUGUAUUUGAGGGAAAUUUCCAAGGACAAGCCCCGGGGAGGGGGGGAGGGGGUGUGGGCUUAUAUUAGAGGAGGGGCAAUUUAACAGAAGGUUGUUUGCCUAUGAGUUUGGGGGGCUUAUACAUGGAGGGGCUUAUUUCCAGAAUUUUAUGGUAAGUGUUCUUGUGACUCAAACAAGCAUAUUCUUGACCAGCUACCGAUUUCAGAUUAAUGGAAAGAAAGCUUUCCUUAGGACUUUGAAGUCCUAGUUUGAUAUCCUUCAAUAACAAUGCAAUCGUAUGAAAUUUCUAUCCUACGAAAUUUCACUCUUCGAAGCUUUUCAAAGAUUGGCCGCCAAUUUGAAGGGAAUUUGCAUAUGAUCACCUUUGAUUAUAGAACUACACUCGACUUGUAGUCGAACAUAUCAUUCUGAUUACAGCAUAACUGAGCCAAUAAACUAAACAUUCCUGAUCAUUUUCACUCCUUCAUUGAUCAAAAUCCUGCGAACAUAGACGCUGAGAACUCUUAGCUUUUAUUAUAACCCUGAUGAGGUGCAGGGAGGCUAUCUUUGUUGACGAAAGUACUAUUGAUUUUCCCAUUUUUCCCCUAUUUUUUUAGUACAAAGUUUCUGAUUUUUCCUAUUUUCUCAAUCCUGAGUUUCCUAUUUUCGUAUUUUUUUGAGCAACAAUACCGCUGGACACCCUGUCCUUGAAAAGUCCUUUAAUUUUCCUCAACUUAUUUAGUGGCCUGGAAAGUAUUUUUUAAUGCUUUUUGCUUGUCCAAUAUACAUGUAAGUAUAUAAAUCAUAGCUCAGAGAAGGUAAUUGUGAUUUUACAUAAAGCGUUUUUUUGUUUUAUGCAAGAAUUAAUUAUCAAUUUAAGACAAGGGAACUGUAAAACGUAGAAAAGUUGGUGGAGCAAACAGUUCGAGCCUUAAGGUCCUGUUAGAAUAGACUGGUAAUGUGCAUUUUUGUUCAAUCUGUGGAAUUAAGCCCCGUGCAAACGGACUCAACAGUGUUGGCCAACAACUCCCAACAUUGUUGGAUGUUACAUGUUGCGUCCGUUUGCACACCCUGUUGCAUGUUGUUGGAUGUUGUUGCGUGUUGUUGCGCAAAGUUUGAAACCGGUCAAACUUUUCAGCCAACAACUCUCAACAUUUCUUUUGUUCUGUGAUCGCCGAAAAGUAGCACAACAAUGUUGAAUCCAUUUGCAAAGCUCGUCCAACAUUGUUGGAGCCACGCAUGCUUAUUACGCAUGGUUUACAAAGAUUUAUGGGCUGUAUCCUUCCCAUGAUGCACUGCAGAUCCCAGCAUUGUUGGGAGUUGUUGCAUCUGUUUGCACACCACUGCCAACACGCACGCAACAACUCCCAACAUUGUUGGCGCAACAAUGUUGGGAGUUGUUGCGUCCGUUUGCACGCAGCCUUACAUUCCUGGUAGGCGAUCCUUGAAAAUGGAAUGUGGUCCUUGAAAAGUCCUUAAAACAUCAUUACAAUUUCUUUUAUGAACCCUUUUUUUUCCUUUUUCCUUCACAGAGCCACAUGUGCUUUUGUUCAAAAGGCCUGCCAACUAAUUCUGUUGAAACAGACCAUGGCCAGAGUUUUGAAGGAUAGUGAUAUGCUAAAAAGAGAGAUGGAUAAAGGUGGAACAGACAAGAUGCCAGAGCCAACCAUACAAUAUUAUUAAUGUUUCUUUUUGCAGGCAUUAAUAUAUUGAUUGACUGUAAAGUUUUUGCAUUGUUGAAAAAAAUAUUAGCAGUUUAUAAAGUCUAUUCAUGUUUACUGCUACUUAGCAAUUUUUAUAAAGGUGCAGGAUUAGAAAAGAAAUUGGAAAUAAAAUACCAAAUAAUGGGGCAGAUUCCAUAACAAGGUGUUUCUUUAUGAAAAUUAAAUCUCUUGUGUUGAAUGGAAGGUGAAAGUAUAGGGUGCUUCAAGUCACAAUUUGAGAAAAUUACGGCAUUUUACUUUGUGAAAGCUGGGAGACAAAUAGUAUCAUGUGAAAUUAUAAUUUGUUCAAUAAAGGAUUGGAUCUUGUGUAAUUUGUGCACCCCUCAGUCGAUAUACCGUAAAAUUCCAAAUAUAAGCCCCCCAACCGGUGACGCAAAAAACCCUCCGUUAAAUCGCCCCUCCAAAUAUAAGCCCCCCUGGGAGCUUUUACUUAGAAAAUUGCCCUCAAAUACAAAGUAAAACAAAGCAAAAACGGU